AUGGCAUCGAACUUGUCAAUUGCAGCCAAAAACAGUUCAUCAUCGUUCAAGGACUCUCUCAAAGUGCUUGAAGCUGAUAUCCAACAUGCCAAUACUCUGGCUUCGGAUUAUCCAAGAGAGUAUGAUGGUGCUUGUCUUCAGAUGAGAAUGUCUUACAGUCCAGCUGCUCAUCUCUUCCUUUUUCUGGUGCAAUGGACUGACUGCAACCUCGCUGGAGCCCUUGGUCUGCUCAGAAUUCUAAUUUACAAGGUGUAUGUGGAUGGCACCACCACCAUGUCUACACAUGAGAGGAAAGCAAGCAUCCGAGAUUUCUAUGCUGUAAUUUAUCCCUCUUUAUUGCAACUUCAAAGAGGUGUCACCGAUAGUGAAGAUAAAAGGCAGAAGGCAGUAUGCAUGGAAAGGUAUCGAAAAAGAGAUGAUGAGGAGAAUCGACAGUGUUCAGAUAUAGAGAUUGAAAGAGAAGAGGAAUGUGGUAUAUGCAUGGAGACAAAUAGUAAAAUCGUAUUGCCCAACUGCAACCAUGCUAUGUGCCUAAAAUGUUACCGUGAUUGGCGAACAAGAUCUCAGUCGUGCCCUUUCUGUCGUGACAGUCUUAAGAGAGUGAACUCGGGCGAUCUCUGGGUAUACACUGACAGCAGGGACAUAGUUGACAUGGCAACAGUGAUGAGGGAGAAUCACAGGAGGCUCUUCAUCUACGUAGAUAAGUUACCAGUAAUUAUACCAGAUAACCUUUUUGACCCCUACGAUUCCCACCUAAGGUAGCUGAUUGAUGAAGUUCAAAAGCUACAGUUCUCCUGUGGCAAUUCAUUGAUUUAGCUUAUUGUCUCUUAAUUCCAUAAGGUCCCGAAUUCAUUCGGCAAGUGUCAGUAUCUUCCCACUUCUGUUUAAAAGAGAACCCAACAGCCUGAGUUAUUGUAGGCUGGUGGGUGAAGUUGAGGAGUUAUCUAAAUUGUAUGUAGUACAUUUGUACAUGCUUGUACAGCUUGGAAGUUCCGCCUAUAAAAAGCUUAACCAGUCCAGUUGUCUC